AUGGAGGCUCAAGAAAAUCAAGCUGGUGGACACACUGGAAGAUUUGUCCAAAGAGAUGGAAAAAUCCUUAAAAAGGCUAAAGCUCCAGAAAGAGCGUUCUACGCUUUCCUUUAUUCUCCUGAGCUCCAAGACGAGCACUUAAUUGAAUUCAGAAAAUUCCCUCCAGCAUAUUAUGGCACUGAAACAGUCAAUGGCAAAACUCACAUGAUUUUAGAAGACCUGACAAUAAAUUAUCAGCAUGCAAGCCUUCUCGACUGCAAAUUAGGCAGAAUCACCUAUAGCAGAGAUCAAGCUCAAAUAAAAAUCGACCAUCAAAUUGCCAAGCAAGCUACCACUACAAGUGGAAGUUUAGGAUUCAGGAUAGCAGGAAUCUGUAUAAAAGAUGAUGCUGGGAAUAUCACUGAAUCUUGGUCUCACCACGGAAAGCAUUUAAACAUCAAUAAAGACAAUAUUUAUGAGCAAUUCUUGAAAGCUGUCACCAGAAAUGGCCAAGUUCAACCACACGUUAUUAAUAAGUUUAUUGCUGAUACUGAAGAAAUCCUUGCUUGGUGGAGAAAACAAAGAUCAAAGCACUUUAUUACAACUUCUCUGUUAUAUAUUAAUGGGAUUAAUGGAUGCCAAACAAGAAUUGUCGAUUUCUCAAGAGUUUAUGAUGCAGAAGGGACUGAAGAUAACAGUAAUUUCUAAUUAGAUGUGAUUGAAGGACUUGAAAAUGUUAUCAGAAUAUGGCACCAAGUGAAGCAAGUAAGUGGCUUAGAGUAA